CGAAGAAACUUAGAGAAUAGCAUCAUUUUUUUUUGUUAUUUUACUCUUGAAUCUGUAAUUUUUGUAUUUUAUGCUUGCGUAUAUAAGAAUAUUAACAUGCCUUUCAAGCGAAAUUUUCCUCCUCGGCUGCAUUACAGAUCCCUUCGCAUGAAGGGUUUUAAGACGAACCAGGCGCAAGCACAUGGAUUGGAAAAACGCCUGCAUCAUAUUUUAGAGGAAAAGGCCCCUUUCCUUAAGAGAAUCCAGAAGAUGUCCCUGCAUCAAAGUAGAUCCUUGCUGGCAGAGUGCGUUGAAUUGAUACGAAAACAAAAUCGACAGCUUCAAAAAAAUUACCGAAAAGAUGUUCGUAACGAAAGAAGGUUUAGGAAACUCAAUCGGAAAUUGCUAAGCCAUAGAUCCCACAGUUUAUUUCUAAAAAAAAGUUUCAAUGGCUUAAAAAGCUCAAUUUGUGAACAUUUCGACGGUCAAACACAAAUAAAUACUGACGAAGGAAGUCUGAAUUCUAAACUGAUAUUAAUGAGAAUGUUGGCAAAAGGAAAUCUUAAGGAAGCAGAAGAAUGUCUUAAAAUCACAAGGAAUAUAUUGGGAUACCACUUCGGACAGGUGAGAAGGAAAAAUAGGUCAAAAAGACGUUUGCCGAAAAGUCCCUUCGAAAGAGCCAUAUGGGAGUUCUUCAAUUCCAUGGAAAUCCAUAAAAGUGAUAGCAAAAAGGAUAAGAAUGAUAUUAAAAAAGUUACACGGCCCAAAGGACCUUAUAAAGUUCCAAAAAAGAAAGAUUUAAGUUCUAAAAGUCCUAAAGUUUUAGGAGACGAGCAUAAUUUUAAUAUAAGUUUAAAAGAAUACAAUUUUAAACGGAUGAAUAAGUUUAAGUUAUCCAAUGAGUCAAUUAAGGACUCAGUUAACAAUUCAGUUGAGGAUAAGGAGGCCUUUAAAGUUUAUCACACAAGAAGCGCCGAUGAUUUUCCCGAGUCGAAGGUCAAGAUUAAAGUUUACCCCCGCGAGAAGAGCGAAAGGAAUAAAAUGGGUGAAAGUGGAGAACUUUGGUAUCGUAGAGAAACACCAUAUACCGUCUCAAAGGAACUUGAAAUUAAACCAAAAAACAAUAAAUUUAGAAAUAAGUCAGAUUUCAAGGGAGAAAGUCAAGAAAGUAGCUUAGAAAAACGUAAAAUUAUUGAGCAAAGGGAUCUUAAAGUAAGAAAUAGGAAGAAAAAUGGAGGGAAACCAUUAAAAAAGAGUAUUAUAUCUACCGAUAUAUCAAAAAGAAAAUUCCCAAAAAAGAGAAAGUGGCUGGGGAGCCACAAAAGGUCGCAAAGAAAGUCCACAACCUCCCAAGAAGAGCCUUCAAAACACGAUCAGACGCAACAUGUGGAGGAGAGUAUCACAGAAAAGGACUCUACGAAAAUUACUGCGAAACCAAGUAAAUCACAUUACAGAUCUUUUACCUAUGAAAAAUUAAAAUCCGCUUACCGAUCGAGUAGUCUGGAUUCCAAACGACAUAUUACACCCAUUAAAAGAAAAGAAAAAUCCGAUGAAAGCUUACCCAAGGCCAACGAACACAUUCCGUCUAACUAUUUUGAAGUCACUUCCAAGUUUAAUCCUCCAAUAAGCGAGUCCCAUAUAUUUAACAAAAGCUCUCUACCGUUCUUAACAAGGAAAGUUUCAACCCUUUUUGGAAUACCCUCCUCAAAAUCCAUGGAUGUUGUGGGAAGGUCUUCGGCAAAGCCACAGCUUCCCAUGUCCUCAGUGGCCACUGAGAUUAUCAAGCGUUUGUACGAGCAAAGGAUACUGAGUUUGGAGGAACCAAGGAGAUUCCACAGAAAAAUCGACCAUACCAGACUGCAUUCCAACAGUUUUUUGGGCAAGAUCUCCAGGUAUAGGCCCUGGGAUCAAAUGCAUGCAGUGCUGGGCGAUUUGCUAGGGAAGUACAGGGAGUGGUCGGAAAAUGCCAAAACCCCCGAGGAAGCCCAUAAGUUCAAGAAAAUUCUCAAGUGGCGGUACAUUCAUAAUGUGCAGAAGCUUCUGCACAAUCAUGUGAAGCAGCUAAAGAUGGAGAUGGACGGCGGUCGGUCGGAAACGGGUUCAAGAAGGUCUACUACUUCGUUGAGGUCUAUGCGGGCCAGUUAUCAGUCACCUUAUAACUUCGGAUCCUUUGCUGUCUUAAAGAAGUCCUCCGAGACAGAAACGUCCCCGAUUAGGCCUCUCCAUGAAAACUUUAUCCGCACACAAAUUGAUUAUUUAAGAUCGAGGAUUUUCGACAAGGACGUGGAGCGAAUGGAACGCAUGAUCAUGGGCAGACAUGUGCCUAUGAAAGAAGAAGACCUCGAGAUCUUCAAGAAGUACAGAUUUGAUCCUCAGCACUUCAACAUCCUGAUAUUAUCCAUUGGUAGGGCGAUGUCGGAUGAGAGAUAUGAGGAGAAACUGCCAAUCCUGGAGAGAAAUUUUCAAUUUAUAACCCAUCAGUUGCAGGUGCUGUCCAGGGAGAGAAGGAUACAGAAGAUGCAAGUGAAAAAAUAUUUAAAAAGAGCAGAAGAGGAAGUGGCAUCGAAAACGUCUGGUGACAGCUAUCAAUACGAUCGUACGGACUUUAAUGAAGCCUUCCUCGAGAAGAGACGGGAGGUGUGGGCAUCUUACAUAGCCAAACAGGAAAAGACUCCCACAGAGCUUGUUUUGGAGGCUGUGCGGAAGCAGAAGCGCAAAGCUCAGAUUGCCCAAAGAAAGGAGGAACGCGAGCAACGUAAAAAGCAAGACCCGAAAACUUUGAAAAAGAGGAGGUCGCCCAGCGCCCUUUACCGAGCUCCAAGACGAACGCACCGGGAGCAACAAGUCAUCGAGGACAUGCAGCAUGAGCUGGAGGCCACGAAAUCGAAGUGCUCAGCGACAUCUUUCUGCUGCCGGCAGUGCUGCAGGUGCGGCUUGUUCUGGACUCAGAGGUGUUCCGAAGGUUCCACCGAUGAAUCGGCGGAACACAUCUGUCCAGCAUAAAAGCCCAAAGGUUUAAUUUUAAAUUUAACAAAACAUAAUCCGGGGUGCCGCAGAAAUCUUUAAAACCGUUCUAAUUUAGUUGAAAAGAUUGUUGAAGCACCCCAGAUUAUGCCAGAUUCAAUGUAAGUUUAUCCGGUGUCUUAUAAACAUAUCGAAAUAGAAAAGUAAAAGUUUUACUUUUUCGAGAAAACCGUAAAACAGGAAAU